AUGUACUUCACAGCAGCUGCGCCCUCGGCGCUACUGGCGACCUUGCUCGCCGCACCACAGCUCGCGUCCGCCUUCUACCUACCCGGUGUCGCCCCGACGUCAUACAAGGUCGGCGAUUCGGUGCCCCUACACGUCAACAGCAUCAAGCCCAUUGCCGGCCCCCAAGAUGCGCGUCUGCACUCCGUCGUCUCGUUUGAGUACUACCAUCCCGGCUUCGGCUUCUGCAAGCCGGAGGGCGGCCCCGAAUAUGUGUCGGAGAGCUUGGGCAGUAUCCUCUUUGGCGACCGAAUCAUGACUUCCCCUUUUCAGCUGUCGAUGAAAAAGGAGGAGACGUGCAAGCAGCUAUGCGAGGUUGAAUAUUCCGCAAACGCGGUCGAAUUUCUACGAGACCGCAUUUUCGAGGGCUACAGCCUGAAUUGGCUCGUCGACGGCCUGCCGGCCGGCCAGAGGAUCGAGGAUCGCCUCACGGGCACCUCCUUUUAUAGCCCGGGUUUCUUCGUGGGCGGCUUUGACGAGGCGGACAAUGUUGUGCUCAACAACCACUACGACAUCUUUGUCGAGUAUCACGAGGUCGGCGGCAACGCGAACCAGCUUCGUGUGGUCGGUGUUCGCGUCGAGCCCAGCUCCAAAAAGUACACCGGCGAGGCCGACUGCAAGGAUGGGCAUGCCUACCUGAUCUUGCCCGAAAACGGCUCGCAAAAGGUCAAGUACAGCUACAGCGUGUUCUGGGAAAAGUCCCCCACGGCCUGGGCCACGCGAUGGGACAAGUACCUGCACGUCUUUGACCCCAAGAUUCAUUGGUUCUGGCUCAUUGACACUGCCAUCAUCGUCGUCAUUCUCGUCAUGACGGUCAUGUCCAUUCUCAUGCGCACGCUCAAAAAGGACAUUGCGCGCUACAACCGCCUUGAUCAAAUUAACCUGGACGACUUGAGCGGCACUUCUGCGUUGGAGGAUGGCGUACAGGAAGACUCUGGCUGGAAGCUGGUUCACGGUGAUGUCUUCCGCAACCCUUCGCAUCCUCUUCUUCUUUCCAUUUUGCUCGGAAACGGUGUCCAAAUCUUUGUCAUGACCGCCAGUACCAUUGUAUUUGCGCUCUUGGGCUUUCUCUCACCCUCCAACCGAGGAUCUCUCGGCACUAUCAUGAUCCUACUGUAUACCAUCCUCGGCUCUGUCGGCGGCUACGUAUCUGCGCGCGUCUACAAGGCCAUGGGAGGUGAGCAGUGGAAGUUGAACAUUGGCUUGACACCCUUGCUCGUGCCCGCCAUUGUAUUUGGUACCUUUUUCCUCCUGGAUCUCUUCCUGUGGGCCAAGCAGUCGUCCGGUGCCGUGCCCUUCACGACGAUGCUGGUGCUUCUGGGCAUUUGGUUCAUCAUUUCCAUUCCCCUCUCUUUUGCUGGCUCUUGGCUCGGCUUUCGUAGCGCCAAGAUUGAGGCACCCGUCCGCACAAACCAGAUUCCGCGCCAGAUUCCUCCCACGACGACCUACCUCAAGCCCAUCCCCAGCAUGCUCAUCGUAGGCCUGCUCCCAUUCGGCGCCAUCUUUGUCGAGCUGUACUUCAUCAUGAAUUCGAUCUGGUUCAGUCGAGUCUAUUACAUGUUUGGCUUCCUCUUCCUCUGCUACUCCCUGAUGGUGGUUGUUUGCGCCACGGUAACGAUCCUUCUUACCUACUUCUUGCUCUGCUCCGAAAACUAUCACUGGCAGUGGCGCUCGUUCCUGGCCGCGGGCAUGAGCGGAGGCUACAUUUUCCUCAACUGUCUGCUCUACCUCAUCACCAAGGUGAAGCUGGGCGGAUUCGCCGGCACGGUCCUAUAUAUCGGCUACAGCGCGCUUAUCUCGUUCCUCUUUUUCAUCCUGGCUGGCUCCAUCGGAUAUUUUGCUAGUUGGUGGUUCGUCAUGAAAAUCUACAAGUCCAUCAAGAUUGAUUAA